AUGUUUGUCUCACAAUCAACGCUCGUAUGGAUAGUAUUGGUGGCCAUCAAUGGUAUGAUGGGGGAUACCAUGGAUGUGUGCGCUUUCAAUGACACCAUCAUGAAUAAACUACCCGGCCUUUUCCUAAUCGGUGACACCCUUUACUUCGGGAACACCACCUAUUACUACAGGGCUAACAUAAAGGACAAGGUUUGGAAGUUCAACAACGACGGCGAGGCUGACAUUGGGAGUCUCUUCACUGAUUGUAAGCCGGCCCAAUUUUCUGACUUCACGAGUGCCCUGGACUUCGGCCCCGCGAAGCAAUGCAAUAAAUCGGUGGCCGACUGUACGGUUAUGACCAAAGCUUUCGACAAGACUCUUAUGAUCGGCCGUAUGGAAAGUGGUGGCGUCAAUCAGUUUGGGUACAAAGCCUACCAGACCCCAGCCAGUGCUUCCAACCCAUCUCCGGUGACCGACAACAACGAGAUGCCCUGGAAUUUGACGCUAAGCGCCGCCAUUACGGGCACUAAUAACAAGUUUUGGCCGAUUGACGACUCCUACAGUCACUAUUUGUUUGCAUACGACGGCACAGACCAACGCAUGUAUGCCUUAACAGAGACACCGUCCUGGCUCAAUAAAGUUCCCAUCAUUGGGGGUAUUGCCAAAGUUCUGGGUGUUAGUGGUGAUCAUAAAUUGCAUUAUCGACAAAUCGACGGCAAAUACACUACAAAAUUUGUGCAAGGAAAGUAUCAUGGACUUGUGGUCAGGAGUGGUAAUGUCUUUGCCUAUGAAAAUAUUCUUGCGGUGCAUCUGUUGAACCCUAACGGCGCCAAAAAAGUGGCGACUGAAGUGAAAACUUACACUUUGAAAGAGUUCUUGAAUUGCAACCAAAGUUCACCCCUUUUGAUGUCUCGUAUUUUUCCGAAAAAUGACAACGAGUCAAAUGGAUCAAAUGAAGACCCUGUGCCUAAUGACGACACUAACACCCCACCCAAUGGCAACGAAACUGGUAGCAAAGUGACGGGUCCUCCGGAUAAUCCAUCAAAAUUCAUGACUAGUGGACAAAAGGAAACGGUUCACACAUCCAAACCGGACCUCAAUGUUAAAUCAGAAUCGCUAUCAAAGGCUGAGCCGCCGACCACACGUUCAGCCGAUGGAUCUGAAACCUCGAUCACCGGCGCCACCAAGGGAUCCACUCAAUCGACGAUUGGUUCUCAAAAAAGCAAUAUAUCGGAUGUUUCCGUCCGAUCCAAUGCUAAUUGA